CUACGACCGUUGUCUGUUGGGUGUUGACGCUUUGUUUCCGUUGCAGUCAGGAAACCAACCCACCAGAUUGCUCAUCAACUCCUCUGUAUCUAUCAUUUGAUUUUCAAAAUCAGGUUCUCCUCCCUUUCCUCUCCUAUAUUCUAUGGGCACCCCUUCUCCUUCUGCUUCGCCGCCAAUUCAAGAAUCCAAUACCACUGCCGAUUCGAUUCCGGAGGAUGAGUCUCCUCCGGCAAUCUCGAAACCUCUUGAGGACGAUAGCCUAAAUAUGACCCAUCGCAAGAAGAAGAAGAAGAAGAAGAAAGCUUAUGAAGGCGUUUCUAUGAUAUCCUCAUCAUCUUCUUCUCCUUCUACACGGAGAAGUACUAGCAUGACUUAUAAACGCAGAAACCCUAAGGUGUUGAUAGCUCCGGUUAGGCGUGGUGGCCGCUUCGGGAAUAGCGAUAUGGAGGCCGCUGCUCUCCCUCUCGGAAUGUCUUUUGCUGCUAUUGUUGCCCAGGUCCUGGAGAGGAAAGAUACGGCAGGCAUGGAGAUUGCUGUUGAUCAUCUUUCAAAGAUCUGUGCUUCAGCUGUCAGAGAAUCUUUAGCCAAUGUCUUUGGUGAUGAAUUUUAUUUUUUUGCAAUGAGCUUUGAGAAAUCAUUUGGAAGCACAUUGAGGACUCUUCGAUUGAUUAAUGAAGCUUCCAUCAAUAAGAAAGCAUAUCACUUAAGCCACGUAAACGUAGAAAACUCUGAUUCAUACAUGAAUCUCAACGCUAGAGUUAGUUGUGCAAGUAGCUCUGACAUCAAAGAUUGUCAAUCAGAAACUGAAUUGCCCUCCAGUUCAGUUAAGAACCAAACGCAGAUAGCUGAAGUAGUAGAAGAAAGCAUGCCUUGUUCGAGUCAAGAACUUGCCCCGCAUGGGCAAUUAAACUGGCAGGUUUCUGUACCAAGCUCACUCGGUCCAGUAAUCAAUCAACUCAGUAGUAUUGAGAAAUCUCUCAUGGAGCAAACUACUCGUUCUAAUGACCUGAAGGCUUUAGAGAUUGGUCUUACAAUGAGAAAAUUGAAGUUGAAGGAGGCCCAGCUGGCUCUUAGUGUUGAUUCAAAUCAUCUUGAGAGAACAAAACUAGCAAUGGGCAUAUCAAGGCAAUCCUUUAAAGCUGAAAAGUUCAAGAAUCAAUUAGAAGACACAAGGCAUGCUGAUCUGCUUAAGAAUUGCAUAGACUGUCUUGUUGCUGGUUUGUUCAUCAUGUCUGCCUGCCUUUUGUAUGGUGCCUACGUGUUUUCAUACCAAAGGAUUACUGACGCUACUGCAUCCUGCAGUCCUUCAGUUGAGGAGUCCAAAUCUUGGUGGAUCCCAAAGCCAUUUUCAUCUGUCAACUCAGGGCUGCACACUCUCAGGUGUCAUGUACAGGUCAUGAGCCGAAUGCUAUUUGGCAUCUUAAUAAUCCUUGUCGUUGCUUAUUUGCUGCUUCAACGUUCAUCAGCUUCACGUCAAAUAAUGCCAGUAACUUUCAUACUGUUACUGUUAGGCACUGCCUGUGGUUUUGCUGGCAAAUUUUGUGUUGAUACUUUGGGAGGAAGUGGAUUGAUGUGGCUGAUAUAUUGGGAAACUAUGUGCUUGCUGCACUUCUUCUCAAAUGUUUGUACCUCAAUAUUGUUUUGUGUACUUCAUGGGCCUCUCACGGUCUCUCAAGGGAUGAAAUCCAGCACAAUGUGUCCAUACUGGUUCCGGCGAAUGCUUUUUUAUUCCAUUGUGCUCUUGUUUCUUCCGUUAUGCUGCGGUCUAUUGCCUUUUGCUGGUCCUGGUGAAUGGAAAAAUCAUUUCUUGCUGCUUGCGACAGAUUAUUUAUUCGUCACAGAUAAUUGAGCGAAGAUUUUUUAAGCCAAAAAGCUCCAUUGUUGCUACAGCUGGGUAAGUUUAUCAAUAUUUUGUAUUUAACUUAUCCUGUCCAGUGUGGCCAUAGAUAAUUAUGCAGGAAGCAUGUUUUCUGAGUUCUUUCCAUUUACUCAGAUUCCAAUUUUGGAGUCUUUUUGUUUUGUGUUGUAUUGUUAAUUAUCACAUUGAGGUAUCAAGUAUCAUGUAAUUUCUCAACCAAUGCUUCUGUACAAUGUUUUUUAGAUGAAAUGAGAAGGGCCUUGCCAAGUUGCCUUAUUAUUCUGUAUCCCUUGGAAGAACUAGCUCUCUAGUGAGUUGGGGACUUGUUUCAGACAAUGAUUAACUUUUUAAUAUUUAUAUUUGAAGGUGGCACUUGAUGGGUUUGAGUCAA